UGCAGCACCAGGCAUUAGUCACACAGACAAGCAUCAGAGCACAAGCAAGAGACGAGAAGCAGCUAACCCAGCCGACUUCCCAGCGCAAUUCUAUACUACAGUUCGAAGCAAUCCAAGAAGAGAAUCACAGAAGAGCAACAUGAAGGCACCAGCAAUUGGCAUUGACCUGGGCACCACGUACUCCUGCGUAGGUGUUUUCCAGAAUGGCAAGGUGGAGAUUAUCGCCAACGACCAGGGCAACAGGACCACCCCCAGCUAUGUGGCGUUCACGGACACUGAAAGGCUGGUUGGAGACGCCGCUAAAAAUCAGGUGGCGAUGAACCCUAAAAACACAGUGUUCGAUGCAAAGCGUCUAAUUGGCCGAAAAUUCGACGACCCUAAAAUCCAGGCGGACAUGAAGCACUGGCCCUUCACGGUCAUUAACGAGAACAGCAAGCCGAAACUACAGGUUGAGUUUAAAGGCGAGCAGAAACGUUUCAACCCGGAAGAAAUCAGUUCCAUGGUCCUGUCAAAAAUGAAGGAGACUGCUGAAGCGUACCUGGGCACCACAGUCAAGGAUGCAGUCGUCACAGUACCUGCUUACUUUAAUGACGCGCAGAGACAGGCCACUAAGGACGCUGGAGCCAUCGCCGGUCUUAACGUGUUGAGGAUCAUUAACGAGCCGACAGCCGCUGCCCUUGCUUACGGAUUGGACAAGAACUUAAAAGGAGAGAAAAACGUCCUCAUUUUCGAUCUGGGCGGUGGCACCUUCGACGUCAGCAUUCUCACCAUCGACGAAGGGUCCCUGUUUGAGGUUAAAUCCACUGCUGGAGACACACACCUGGGCGGCGAGGACUUUGACAACCGCAUGGUGAGCCACUUCAUUGAAGAAUUCAAACGCAAGCACAAGCGGGACCUGAGCACCAACCCCAGAGCCCUGAGAAGACUCCGCACCGCCUGCGAAAGGGCCAAACGCACCCUGAGCAGCAGCUCCGAGGCCAGCAUGGAAAUUGACUCGCUUUUCGAGGGCAUUGACUUCUACACAAAAAUCUCCAGGGCCAGAUUUGAGGAACUUUGCUCAGACUUAUUCAGGUCGACCCUGGUGCCCGUGGAGCAGGCCUUGAAGGACGCAAAGAUGGACAAGUCGCAGAUCAACGACGUCGUCCUGGUUGGAGGCUCAACCAGAAUCCCAAAGGUCCAGAAACUCCUGCAGGACUUCUUCAACGGCAAGACUCUUAACUUAUCCAUCAACCCUGAUGAAGCAGUGGCUUACGGCGCUGCUGUGCAAGCCGCGAUCCUCAGUGGCGACCAGAGCAGCCAGAUUCAGGACGUGCUCUUGGUGGACGUGGCGCCGCUUUCAAUGGGCAUCGAGACGGCGGGCGGUGUAAUGGCCAAGAUCAUCGAGAGGAACACCCGCAUUCCAUGCAAGCAGCAGCAGACCUUCUCCACCUACUCAGACAACCAGCCAGCCGUGACCAUCCAAGUGUAUGAAGGUGAACGUUACAUGACCAAGGACAACAACCUCCUGGGCACUUUCGACCUUACCGGCAUCCCUCCGGCGCCUAGGGGAGUUCCAAAAAUCGUGGUCACCUUUGACCUGGACGCUAAUGGCAUCCUCAACGUCUCGGCCAAGGAUGAGAGCUCCGGCAACAGCAGGAACAUCACCAUUAAAAAUGACAAGGGCCGUCUGACCAGGGAGGAGAUUGAUCGCAUGGUUGCUGACGCAGAGAAAUACAAGGCUGAGGACGAGAAACAAAAGGAACGCAUUGAAGCAAAGGCUAAAUUGGAAGCCUACGCUCUGCAGAUCAAGCAAGCCGUUCAGGAUGCUGGAGAUAAGCUAUCCCAGGAGGACAAGAACAAGGUCUCAAAGCUGGCAGAAGAAGCCCUCACUUGGAUUGAUAACAACUCCCUCGCCGACAAGGAGGAAUUCGAGCACCGAUUCGAGCAGCUGAAUAAGGAGUGCAUGCCAAUCAUGACCAAGAUGCACCAAGGCGGAGCUGGAUCUAAUAGUUACCAGUCUUGCGGCCAACAAGCUGCCGGUGGCCAGAACUACAGAGGGCCUACUGUGGAGGAAGUGGACUAAAUUCGUUAUUUAAGUGUUAAAAGAUAAAAUGUUUAUGUUCCUGUUAAAAAUAUAUUGUCUUGAGCAUCAAGAUCUGACUGCAUCCUAGUUCACAACAAUUGAUUAAGAGCAUUUAUAUUG